AUGCGUUCUGGCGACUUGCUGAUUGAGAUUAAUUCACGAAAGCAAGCCCAGAACAUACAAAAGUUAAAGGCUUUGGCAACUAUACCAAUCAAGGUAUACCCACACACAUCUUUAAAUACAUCAAAAGGUGUUAUUACAUGUGGAGAGAUUUUCAACUUGCCUGUAGAUUUAAUUACCGAGGAAUUAAAAUCGCAAGGUGUCACAGAUGUCCGCCGUAUUACCAUCCGGCGAGAUGGACAAACUCUUGAGACUAAACAUCAUAUACUUACUUUUAUGUCCCCUAAACUCCCGGACUACAUAUAUGCUGGUUACAUUAAGCUUCCCGUGAGACCAUACAUACCGAAUCCUCUCAGAUGCUUUAAAUGUCAGCGUUUUGGGCAUUCGAAAGCAAACUGCCGUGGGACAGUCACUUGUGCCCGCUGUGCUGAGAAAGGACAUGAGAGCCAGGAUUGUUCAGCACCAGAGAAGUGCGUGAAUUGUAAAGGCGAACAUACGUCCUUCUCCCGCUUAUGCCCACGUUGGAAAAUCGAAAAACAAAUUACAGCAACUAAAAUUAAAGAAAAUAUUCCAUAUCCUGAGGCUCGAAAGAAAGUUCUUGCACAAACACCCUCCCCUGGCGUAAGUUAUGCAUCUAUAGUAAAGAAAAACUUUUGUGAAAAUUGUACCUGUCCCAACUGUGCUCAAAAUACCACCCGUAUGAUCUCUCCUAAGCAGUCAUCUGAUUCUGAUACAGAAAAAUCGAUUGGCAACACACCUGAUAUUGAAAAACUAGACAAAAAUAAGCGAAAAACAAAGCCGGUAAAAUCUCUUAAACUAAAGCUUGCAAAACGUGGACUGUCGAAGAAAGAACUGUCUUCGCAGUUAAAGAAAUCAAGCACCAAACAUUCUGUUGCAUUGGGACUUGCUAGUAGGGGUAUAGCCCAUAAGGACUUGACGUCCAUUUUUGGAGGCUUAUCAAAUAGUCCCGAAUUAAAACUCCAUCCUUCUGAGGAUGAAGCUGAAUUUGACAUGAGUUGUGAAGUUUCAGCAACUCCAACCACUGCUCUUAAUUCCUCGAUUCGCAAUAAAAUUUCUUAA